GAUUAAAGUGAAAAGAGAAGACAUAUAGUUCAAGAAACAGUGUGUGGUUUUGGGCGAGAAAUAGGUUUAAACCUGACCCGAAGCUUGGCGGUCACAUGGUUCGCUGAACAAAGGCGCCAUUCAGACAGGAGGAUCGUCAAGGCCCAAGCAAAUAGACGAAUAAGGGGUUUAACCAUUUGCGGCAAGCAGCUAACAAAAAAAAUGAAAAAACACUAGAUUCAGUGCAAAUUCUCAAAGCGCACUGUUCUUACACUAUUCAUGUCAAGUUACACGGCCAGCCGCGUUUUCAGUGAGACAAGAAAAAGCAAGCUUAAAGGAAAGGGGAAAGGGGCAAGGAGGAUCAUAGGGAGAAGAGAAAGAGGAGGCCGGUUGAGAGGGUGGCGUGGAAGAAGAGAUUAUGGAGGCACAGGAGAGGAGGUUGAUGAUCGAGGAUUCGAGGGAGGUCUUCGCCCUCAUCUUCUCCCACUGCCAUUUGGGGUGACGAUUUUCAUUGCAAAUCUUAUUGUGCUGCAACUGCGAGUCCCAUUUCUCAGAUGCGAUCCAAUCCCACUCGCCACAAAAACCACGGCGCGAGACGCCGUGGCGAGUGGAGGACCGAAGGUCCAAGAACGAGGAAUCGGAUUAAAGACUAAAGGGCAAAACAGGGCAGGGAAAAAAUCGUGAGUGGAAGCAGCUACGAUGACGAGAUGACCUGAGACUGAAAUUGAUUGGAUAGAGAAGUUCCUGCACAAGAAAGGGAAGACGGAGGAGAAGGUGGAGAGGGUGACUGAGUGCAAUAGGGCGAAACUAGGAGCUGAAUCUGCAAUGAUGGUUUCAAAUGGGGGUUUUGACUUAGACAUUCUCUGUUCUCUCUAAAAUAGACCUUUUGAUCUCCUUCUCUAAUGGUCUCAUUCAAGAUGGUGGUAAAACAAGAACCGUCUAACUUAAAAUAUUUAAUAAAUAAUAAAUCUUUGAACCAUAGAAAUUGACAUUCUUUUUCUUUGUAUUCUUCAAUGUACAUGGUAUGAUAGAUGACAAAUAGAUUUUUCUGAGGGAGCUUUACUGUAGCAAAUGUGUUUUCAGCAGAAAAAAUCAAUGGAAGAAAAUUUG